AUGCAUUUGCAACAUCUUUCCUUAUUGGCUGCGGCUGCCAGCUGGGUUGCUCAGCCUGCUGCAGCUGUCCCACACUCGCCAAGGACCCAGGAGGCGGGGACUUGUAAAAAGACCACGGUUGUGAUUCUAUACCAAGCUUACGAUGACAACAGGGGAGGUGGAAUAGCUGGUAUCUCUGCAGCUCAAGCCCUAACCAAUGCCUCUGUUCAUGAUUUUGCAAUCCUCGAAUACCGCGACACUAUUGGCGGUCGAGCUUGGCAUAAGCCUUUUGGUAGGAACCCCAAGACCGGAAAGCCUUAUACCAUCGAGAUGGGUGCCAAUUGGGUGCAAGGCCUCGGCAACCCAGGUGGUCCUCAGAAUCCUAUCUGGACUCUGGCCCAAAAAUAUCACCUCAAAACGCACUACUCCAACUAUGACAAUAUCUCCACUUACAGUGAGAACGGAUACCAUGAUUAUAGACAUCUACUUGAUGAAUAUGACAAUUCCUACGAUAUUGCUAAUGCCAAAGCUGGCGAGAUUCUCACCAACAACCUGCAGGACCAAACCGCCCAGUCGGGUCUCGCUUUGGCUGGUUGGAACCCGAAAAAACAUGAUAUGCUGGCACAAGCGGUGGACUGGUGGAAAUGGGACUUCGAAGACAACUUCACUCCCCUGGAGAGCUCUCUUGUCUAUGGCUGUGCUGGUGAUAAUUUGACUGUGAAUGGAUUCAGCGACCAUGAUAACUUUGUCACUGACCAGCGUGGCUUCAAUACGAUCAUCAAGGGCAUGGCCUCUGAAUUCCUCAAGGAGAACGACCCGCGCCUCCAUCUCAACACCGAGGUCACUGAGAUUGAGUACAGCAAUGAUGGUGUGACCAUCCAUAACAAGGACGGCAGCUGUGUCAGUGCCGCCUAUGCCAUCUGCACCUUUUCUUUGGGUGUGCUGCAGAACGAUGCCGUGAAGUUCACGCCCGACCUCCCGGAAUGGAAGCAGACGGCGAUCCAGAAAUUCACCAUGGGCACCUACACCAAGAUCUUCAUGCAGUUCAAUGAAACAUUCUGGCCCACCAACACGCAGUACUUCCUCUACGCUGAUCCCAUCCUCCGUGGCUGGUACCCGGUCUUCCAAUCACUCUCAAUGCCCGAGUUCCUGCCGGACUCCAACAUCCUCUUCGUGACCGUGACCAACGAGCUCGCCUGGCGUGCCGAACGCCAGUCUGACGAACAAACCAAGCAAGAUAUUAUGGCAGUGCUCCGUAAGAUGUUCCCGGGGAAGCAAAUCCCCGAGCCAACUGACUUCCUCUACCCACGCUGGAGCACUGAGCCCUGGUCCUACGGCAGCUACUCAAACUGGCCACCAUCCACAACGCUGGAAAUGCACGAGAACCUGCGAGCCAAUACAGGGCGGCUAUGGUUCGCGGGUGAAGCCACUAGUCCGACGUAUUUCGGGUUCCUGCACGGCGCCUGGUUCGAGGGCCGCGAUGCGGGUCAGAACAUCGCGGCUAUUAUGCAGCACCGCUGCGUCAACGCCAAUUCUGAGAAGUUGCGUGAAUGCGGGCCCCGAAAACACUGGGAGACGCUGCAUGGCACGACGCCGCUGGCCGAUUACAGUGCUGUGACGGGAUGGACAGUGGAUAGUUUCUACGAUAGCAAUACAGACUAG